GUAAACCUUGUUCCAAAUAUAAUCCCAGUCACUAUCAGACUUUCUACCCACAUAAUCACAUCCGAACUUUGAGCAAUGGAAAACAUAACGACUGACAACGAACAAAUAAACGGCAACAGUUUUAAGGGCUAUGUACACGCAUUCCUGUGGGUACACAGCUGGAAGAGCUAUGCACGCGCAUUCCUGUGGCUGUUCUUCGGCGUUUUUGCCCUGGUCAAGGCUUUUCACAUUCUCGAUUACUAUUUCAACGUUCGCAUGACGCCGAAGUACAAGCUCCGCUCGACGGAGCACAAGUGGGAGGAGAUGUUGAUGCUGAACCAGGAGAUGAAAAAGAUGAGCGACUCUCAGAUGGAGAAACUGCGCCAGAGGAACAAGAAACUCGAAGGCUUGAUAUUGGAACUGGAGGAGUGCAAUCGCCAAUUGAUCAACGAAAACUAUAUCCGCCCAUCAGCGAUGGAUAACGAAGAGAUGGGAAAAGAGCCCACGAACCCUUACAAUGUCUUUAUAAAGAAUAAUCACUUUCACCUGAUCAAUCAGAUGUUUGUUAACGGAGGACACUUCGAUCUGAACAUCGCGAACUCUUCGCUGCCACCAAAAAGUGAGCCUAAUAUCUGGAUGAAGUACCUCAAGCAACGCAAGUCCCUGAUGCCGUGCCAGUCCAUUGUCGAUGACAAGUCUAUGAUUGAAAACACUCCCGGCCGCACAGAGCCCACCAUAAUGGGCACCGAGGAGAUGGUGCAGAUGCAGGGCAUGAGCUCUUUUACGAGUAUUUCUGCCUAGCUCUUCGUUCUUUUGUUUAACCGCAUUCCAAAAAUUUGUUAAAGUUGCAGCAGCAUAAAAAAUCGCAAAAAAAAAGAAUACACAAUGACACUAAAUAUAUACACUAAAUACAUAAGAACACUACAAA